AUGGACGUCGAAAGGAUUGGUUUCCAUUUUACGCCGAGCGAUGAAGAGCUGUUUCAGAUUCUUGCAAUGGAGCUGAGAGGAGAGUAUGAAGUGGGUGCAGUGAUUGAGGCUGAUCCGUAUGAGAAAGAGCCAUGGCUGGUGUUCGACAAGAAUGAACCGACCACGUUUUAUGUGUUUACAAGUCUGAAGAAGAAAAGCCGAUCAAGAAUGGAGAGAAAGGUCGGUUGCGGUACAUGGAAAAUGGAGAGAUCCGCGGAGGUCGUCGACUGGGAGGAAAACGUUAUAGGGUUCAAGAAGAUGCUUACGUUUGAGGAGAAGAAGAAGAACACAGAGAAUGGUCGGUGGAUCAUGCACGAGUAUUCCCUACGGGACUUUGACGAUUAUGUACUCUGCAAAAUUAGAAACAAAAGUAUAGAUAAACUUCAACAACCAACAAAAAUUAAAUUGGCAUAUCAUCAACAAGAUAACAGCAACAACACUUACAAAAGAAAAUUGAGCGCUGAUACAGAAGACCAUAAUCAAAAUAAAAUCCAGUGUAUCAAUUCAUCAUUUGUAAUGUCUACUACUGGUGAUGUAAGAAUCGUUGAGGAGAUGAUCAUUACUGCACCAUUGGCAGCAGGAGACAUCAAUCCAUUUACCGCUGCUGCUCUAUUGGCAACGGAGUAUAAUAACAGAGAAUUGGUUGAGGAGAUGACAGUUGUUGAACCCUUGGCGUCAGAAGACAUCAAUUCAUUGGCCACUGUUGCACCAUUGACAACAGAGUACAAUGAUAGAGAAGUAGUUGAGGAGAUGACCAUUACAGCACCCUUGGUGGCGAGGGAUAUCAAUCCAUUGGCCACUGCUAUACCCUUGGCGGCGGAGUAUAAUGAUGGAGAAAUAGCUGAAGAGAUGACCGUUGCUGCACCAUUGCAGGAUGAGGUUGAGCAGAAUGACAAUCUC